GCUCAUUUGAACAUAAAAUGUUGUAUCUCUUUGCAUAAUCUCGUUGUUAAACGCUCGUAGUGUUGUCUGAAGUUUGUAGUAUAAAAGUUGGUGCAAAUUUUGAAAAUAUCAUUAGUUAUCUAAACACAGUUUGGAACUACAGUUUGGUUAGCUUCGUCUACACAAUUUGAUUUUAAAUUAAGCAUAAAUUACAACAAAAUGAAGGUUUUCGUAUGCCUGUUUGCUUUAGUGGCUGUUGCCCAAGCUGGAUUUUUGGGCCUUGGCGGUGGUAGCUCCGGUGGCUACAGCUAUGGUGUUGGUGGUGGUCACUCUGGUGGCUACUCCGGUGGUCACUCAGGUGGCUACUCCGGUGGUCAUUCCGGUGGCUACUCCGGCGGUCACUCCGGUGGUUACUCUGGCGGUCACUCCGGUGGCAGCAGCGCUUCUAUUAUCAAGGUAGUCCAUGAAGGUGGUCAUGAUGCUGGUUUCGGUGGUGGCUUCGAUGGCGGUUACAGCGGUGGUUUCGAUGGCGGCUAUGGCGGUGGUCAUGGUGGUGUUGAAGAUGUCAAAAUCGUUAAAGUCAUCUCUCACGGUUCCUCUGGCGGUCAUGGUGGCUUCUCUUCCGGCGGUCAUGGUGGUUUCUCUGGCGGUCAUGGUGGUUUCUCCGGUGGUCAUGCUGGCGGUGAUGUCAAAAUCGUUAAAGUAGUCCAUGAAGAUGGUGGUUUCGCUGCUGGCGGUCACGGUGGCUUCUCUGGUGGUGAUGCUGGCUACUCUUAUGGUGGUGGUUUCUCCUCUGGUGGUCAUGGUGGUUUCUCCUCCGGUGGUCAUGCUGGCGGUGAAGUGAAAAUCGUUAAGGUCGUCAGUGGUGGUAGCUCCGGUUACAGUGGCGGCAGCAUUGGUGGCGGUUGGUCCUCUGGUGGUCACGGUGGUUGGGCAUUUGUUGCUGUUUUGGCUGUUGCCAGCCUUUUGGCCACAGCUAAUGCUGGUUUUUUGGGAUUAUUAGGUGGCCUUAAAGGAGCUCUCGUUGGCGGCGGCGGUGGCUAUGGUGGUGGUGGUGGCGGCGGUUAUGCCAGCAGCUAUGGCUAUGGCGGUCACGGUGGUGGCGGCUACGGCGGUGGUGGCUACGGAGGUGGUGGCUACGGCGGUGGCGGCUACAGCGGUGGUGGCGGUCAUGUCGAUGUUUACAAAGUUAUAACUACAACUUCCCACGGAGGUGGCGGCUAUGGCGGUGGCGGCUACGGCGGUGGCGGCUAUGGAGGAGGUGGCUAUGGUGGAGGCUAUGGUGGCGGCUAUGGUGGCGGCUAUGGUGGCGGCUAUGGAGGCGGCUAUGGAGGCGGCCAUGGUGGUGGCGGUCAUGUUAAUGUCUAUAAAGUCAUUACAACUUCUAGUGGUGGUGGCGGCUAUGGUGGCGGCUAUGGUGGCGGCUACGGUGGCGGCUACGGUGGCGGCUACGGUGGCGGCUACGGUGGUGGCCAUGGUGGCUGGAAAUCCAGUUGGUAAACCACCUCCAGUUAAUUCAAUUUUAUAAAAUAAGACAAACGAUAAUUAAAACCAAUAAAGCUUAAUCAUUGCCCAAUUAUCAUAAAAACUGCAUAUCUAUCGAUCUUCUUUAGAAAAAAUUCCACAAUAAGAAAUCAAUAACGUUCAUACAA